UGUGCUUCCGGCGGACGUGGGUGGGGCUUCGGGUCUCCUUCCCGGGAUAUCUGCGGACACAUGGAAGCAAAGACUCUUGGAAUUGUAACGCCUAGAAAACCUGUCUUAUCUGUCAGUGCAAGAAAAAUUAAGGACAAUGCAGCCGAUUGGCAUAAUUUAAUCCUGAAAUGGGAAACCCUCAAUGAUGCAGGUUUUACCACUGCAAAUAAUAUUGCCAACCUGAAAAUCAGUUUAUUGAAUAAAGACAAGAUAGAAUUAGAGAACAGCAGCCCAGCAGCUUCCAAUGAAAAUGAAGAAAAGAUGUAUCCGGAAUAUAAUAAGGAACUCGAGACACUGUGUGAGGAAUUGCGGGCCACCUUGGAUGCGUUGACCAAAAUACAGGUGAAAAUGGAAAAGCUGUCUUCAACUACCAAGGGAAUUUGUGAACUAGAAAAUUACCAUUAUGGGGAGGAGAGUGACCGGCCCCCCCUGUUUCACACGUGGCCCACAACCCAUUUCUAUGAGGUUUCCCAGAAACUCUCUGACAUGUACAGGAAGGAGCUCCUCCUGAAGCGCACUGUGGUUGAAGAGCUGGCACACACUGUGGACCACGACCUCAUUCUGAGCUACUUGUCAAUGUGGCUGCACCAGCCCUACCUGGAGAGUGACAGCCAGCUGCAUCUGGAAAGCAUGCUGCUUGAAACAGGCCACCGAGCACUGUGACCUCCCAAAACAGCUUCUCGUGAGCUCCACCUCCAGGCUCCAGGCACUGGCUUCUCCCAUCUCUCCUGGGUGGACAGUCCCCUGUGUAGGAUCCAGUGCCGUGCCCAAGGAUUAGACCCUUUGCUGUGGCAUGGCCACCCACCAUCCUUCUUAGGGUCUUCCAGGCUGGAUCAUUUCACCAGCUCCCUGCGGCCCUCCAGGCCUGCUUACCACUGUGGCAGCAAUCCUCCGUCUGGCGCCGGCCAGCACUGGGCGUCCUCUGCACCUGUUGUAAAUCUGUCACCCAUAAACACUUCAGUGAAAUAAAUGAGGUCCUGAACAAAA